AUGGGACCUUCACCAAGACUCGUUCUGCUUACUGCUCUUCUUAGUGCCUCCGGGCUCCUCGCGUACCCCGAUCAAAAGCGCAUUGGGAGUCCAAAUAUUGCUCCCUCAUGCCGUCUCCCUCCAGUGCUCGAGCCUCCUAAUGACGGCCUACCCUCAGGAUGCUCUGUCUUCGCGGGAGCUGAGGCGUUGGACACGCAAGUGAGGCGGCAUCAAGCUGUUGUCCGUGUCCCGACGGUGUGCUACGACGACCUUGGCGACUUCGAGACAGACCCUCGAUGGAUUCCCUUUCACCGUUUCCACAAGGUGCUCCGAGAGACGUAUCCGACACAAGGCGGCUUACAGGGGCCGGACAGACACCGACGUGCCCAACUAGACAAGGUCAACGUCUUUGGGCUAGUCUACACGUUUCAAGGAUACGAUCCAUCGCUCAAGCCCAUUUUGUUGACGGCCCACCAAGAUGUAGUGCCCACUGGGGACCCAUCCGCAUGGACUCACCCGCCUUUCAAUGCCACCUUCGAUGGCGAGUGGCUUUGGGGUCGCGGAUCCGCAGACGACAAGGCCUCCCUGACUGCGCUCCUGUCAGCGGUAGAGGCUCUCGCAUCGAUGUCGGAGUGGGCCCCACGCAGGUCCGUCAUCCUGGCCUUUGGCUUUGACGAAGAGUGCUCCGGAUACCGGGGGGCUGGGUCCAUCGCCAAGCACCUCCUCGACAAGUAUGGCCCCAACGGACUCGCCAUGAUCCUCGACGAGGGCACCGGUGGUAUUUCGCCCUCGGAAGACGGUACCCUGUAUGCACCAGUGGGGGUCUUGGAAAAAGGCCACGUUGAUGUCACGUUUGACCUCGCGGUUCGCGGCGGCCACAGUUCCACACCGCCCUCCCAUAGCGGCAUCGGCAUCGCGGCUGAGAUAGUUGCUGCUCUCGAAGCACACGUCUACGAGCCUCGAAUCAACACUGACAGCCCAGUGUUUGGCCGCCUGGUCUGUCAGAUGCAGUACUCACCCGAGUCAGACCCCGAGCUGUUCCGCCAUGUGAGGAGCGGUGAUUUGGAUAAGCUCGCGACGGAGCUGUCGUUGAGAGACACGUUUUCUCGCUACUCCAUUACUAGUUCAGUCGCCGUCACAAUCAUCCAGGGCGGGCUAAAGAUCAAUGCAUUACCCGAGGCUGUCACGCUCGGGGCCAACUUUCGGGUGGCCCCCCACGACAGCAUUGUCAAGAUUCAGCAGGAUAUCCUCGAUGAUAUCAAGCAGGCAGUUGAAAAGUAUGGUCUUGCUGUCACUGCAUAUGAGGGUGAUCAAGCAUAUCAAGUGCCUCCGACUAAUGAAGCGGCGCCGUCAGAUGUCGGCAAUAACGGGACGUUAACUUUGACAGCCACGGAAAAGUUUUCCGUCACUCCCCAAGCACCAGUCCAUGGCGCGGCUUGGGAUGCGCUAGCAGGAACCAUCCGUUACUCAUUUGCCAACAAGGAUGGCGUCGUUGUGCCUUUCGGCGAUGUCAUGAUGGGAAACACAGACACGCGGCAUUAUCUAGAUCUCUCACCCAAUAUAUAUCGCUGGCUGCCACUGCUUCCAGGAGACAUGGUCGAUUACCACGCAGUCAAUGAGCGCGUCCGAAUGAGGGCUAUUGUGAAGAUGGCUGAGUUUUACUAUGAUCUCAUCCGCAACCUUGGGCACACAGAUAUUUAA